GAGACAAAGUGUCCCUUUCCCUUUCGAAUUCAGGCGAACUUCGCAGGAGAUGCCGCGGCGAUUUGGAGGACAAAAUCGGGAAAAUCGAUGAAUGCGCGGCGCGAGGGGAAGAGCGAACGUUAGCAACCCUUAAGAUCGACCACAUUGGGCACAGUGUGUGACACACAGCACACACAGCGAUUACACACGGAGAGUCAGGUCGGACGUAGAAGGAGAAGGAGAGGCGACGAGGUUUCCAGGCUUUCUCUCAGCCAGUCGUCUACCGAUCGCGGCGCCGAGCAGAGCAACCACGUCGACGAGAGUUAAGCCGGCCGGUCGAUCGAUCGUGCGUUGCCCGCGUCACGUUGACCGCGCUCUCUUCCCGUCCACGAGAAUCAUCACAGGAGGAGAGGAGAGGAGAGAGCGAGAGAGCCUCCUCUCCGAUCUGCUCCGCUUUGGCUUGGCCUAGCCUUCGCAGUUGCUUCACUUGCCGCUUCGCUCUCGUGCCUUGCCCUUCGUGAACGUUCGCGACGCCCAACGAGAUCGAUUUGCGGGGCCAGACAGGUGGCUUGGAAACGUGUACGGAAACUUUUGACGGGCAGUAUACGUGUCCGAGCAUUGGCACUUUUUCAGGCAGGAAAGAAAAUUACGGUGACGAUAAAAUAAUAUAAUCCUGAUCGAAAGGCUAUAAAAUGUUGGCUGGUCGCAAGUGCAACGUUAGGCAGAGUUGACGAAGACACACUCGUAGAGGGACGUCUAUAGUUGAUUAGUACUAAUUAAGAAGGAGAGAAGGGAAUCACACGCUCGUCGACUAACAACCGCACCAGCCGACAAGCGGAGAAGAUGGAUCCUUAUUCAUUGAGUGUGGAGCGGGAGGCUUCGAAGAACAUCGAGGAGAAUGAGCGAGAGUGCUUCAAAGACGCGAUCGUCUCGAGUCGGAGCCUCAACAAAGGAUUCGUCGAGCCGACCAACCUUAAAAACGCUAUCCGCGAGAUCGCCGCAUGCAUCAUCGCAGCGUCUUUCCACAUAGCGGUGGGCCUCAGUAUGGCGUACUCGGCGACUCUCAUUCCUCACCUUGAGAAGGAGGAUGCGGAAGUGCACGCGACACAAGAAGAAACUUCCUGGAUAGCCAGCUUGGUCGUGGUAUGCGUGCCGGUCGGCGGUGUCUUGGGAGGCUUCCUGAUGGAGACGGUCGGUCGACUGAGAACUCUGCAGAUCGGCUCGAUACCCUGCGUGGCGGGCUGGAUCCUCAUUGCUCUCUCGACGAACGUGCCGAUGCUACUGGUCGGUCGUCUUUUAGCCGGAUUAGCGACCGCUCUAGCGAGCUCACCAGCGAUCGUCUACAUCACCGAAGUGGCCAGGCCAGAACUACGCGGCUCUAUGAUCUCCUUCGGGCCAACGCUGGCCUCGUUAGGAAUGGUGCUCUCGUACUUAAAAGGCGCUUAUCUGGACUGGCGACUGGUUGCCUGGCUCAGCAUCAUCUACGCGGUUGUACCGGUGGUCCUGGUGGAGCUCUGGGUACCGGAAUCGCCGGUCUGGCUCGUCUCGAAGGGACGCAUCGACGAUGCCAAGAAGUCCUUGGAACGGCUUUACAAGAACGAGACGCAAGGUAAGGUGUCCGUGGCCGAGACGCAAUUCAACACUAUUAUGAAGGAGAAUGAAAUUAAAUUGAGCGAACAGCGACGCAGCAAGCACGGCAACAACAUGUUCAGCAAGCUGCGGGGAUUCCUGAAGCCGACCGGAUGGAAACCCAUGGCGAUACUCUUUCUCCUAUUUUCGUUCCAGCAAUUCUCCGGGAUUUACAUAACGCUUUUCUACGCGGUCACCUGGUUUCAGGAAGUGGGUGCGGGUGUCGACGAGUAUAUCGCGUCUAUUUUGGUGGGCGUGACGCGUUUCCUGUGCUCCAUGGUGAACACUUGGUUGCUCAGGCGAUUCAGGAGACGAGCGUUGUGCCUGAUAUCAGCUCUGGGCAUGGCUGUGUGCAUGGCCGUUUCUGGCUACUUCACCCUGAACAUCAAGAACGGCGAUCGCAGCGGCUACUGGGUACCAGUGUUCUGUCUGUUGCUCUACGUGUGCACAUCAAUGGUGGGCAUGCUGACGAUACCCUGGACAAUGACGGCUGAAUUGUUUCCCACAGAAAUCCGCGGGAUCGCCCAUUCCAUCAGCUACUCCAUGGCGAACUUGUUGAUGUUCGCCGCGUUGCAGAGUUACCGAAGCUUGCAAACUUUCUUGGGAGGCUCCUACGCCGUCCAGUGGUUCUUCGCCGGUGUUUCUGUGGGGGCGGCUGUUUUCGUGUGGCUGCUGCUGCCGGAGACGCACGGGAAAAAGUUGUCGGAGAUCGAGGAGUACUUCCACAACAAUUUUCUGGCGCUGGGGGUGGAGAAAAAGGGCAAAAAUCGGAACGCCGAGAGGCGUCGGCAGAAAACAACCAAGUCGCCCGCGACCGAACCGCUUAAUCCGAGAACCGUGCAAAACGCUUAGGGACAUGCGUGUCCUUCUUUUUCCUUUUUUUUUUUUGAUCACCGAAACCAUGCGAAUUUCACACGAACGCCAAGUUCGAGCAGUCUCCGAGGAAACGUGUAUUCAAUCGAAUUUUACACGGCGAAAUUCGAAACCACGCGUAUAUUCGCGUGAAAACUGAUGGUUUUGAUGUUAAUGAUAGAAUUAAAAGAAUUCAAUGUUCGAUGUGAAACUCGUGACCGAUCCGACAGUCGCCGAGUGUGAAAUGACCGGAGAGUCAAUGAAUGGAUGAUGAGAUGAGAGAUUGAGCUUGAAAUUGAACUCGAGCAUUCAAUCAUGCGCGUAGAGAUGGAAAAAAGCGUGAAGUUUUUCCGAUGUUUUCGUGCUGAUAACAGGACUUAAGUAGUUAACACCUCGGACAGCACAGAGAAUUUAAAAAUAGUUCACCGUAUGUCACCAAUUCUGCGUUCAUUUUUAGAUGCAAAAAGAAUUCUGUUCACUGAACUGAAGAAUUCUUUUUGCGUCUGAAAAUGAACUCAGAAUUCGUGAUAUACAACUGAAUUCUUUUUGAAUUCUCUGUGCUAUCUGGGACUUUGUACGCGCAUAAGAUUACGAGGAAAAUGUCACGAGAAAAGUGAUUGAGAGAAGAGAGAGAAAGGAAGAGGGAGAACGCAUGUCGCGCGGAGGGAAAUGAAUUUAUGACUUGCGGUAAAAUAUACGCGGAGAGAAUAUUAGUUUCCUUUUCUCAUAUAAAUCUUUUUUAAUUUUGCUAUGUUUUUCAUAUUCCACAGGACUAAGCUGUCAGUAAGGUCUAUUUUGCUAGAGACAUAGCAAAUUUCAUUAGAAACAUAGCAAAUGUUGAAUAACACAUUUUAAAUAGCACAUAUGAAAUGAAAGUGAAUUGCAGAAUGUCGGUAUAUUCAGUUACAAAAUUCCACGGUAAUUUUUAUCGUAUUUUUAAUUUUUUUAAAUACUCUCCAUGUGCACGUAUACGUUUAUGUGUCCAA